AUGAUAUUAAGGCUUCCAAAAACAGAUAACCGCGUUUUCGCUUUUACACUUGGAUUCAAAAAUGUGAUGUAUCUCACAAUGGCGACGGUCGAGGCACUCACUCUUGAAACGGAUGAAUUGGGCGAAAAUGCAAAAGAACUUGGGUUUAGUUAUAUUUGUGUUUACCAACUGACCUUUAUGGUGGCAUUUUUUGUUUUGGGGUAUAACUUUAUUAACUUGAAUACACGAACAAAAGAUAAUGAAGAAGACAAAAACAGUAAAGAGGAGAAUGUCACGGAGAUGAAAAUAGAUGAAACAACCCUCCAAAAUAACACUGAAAUAUCGAUGGAAAACUCUUUUGAAAAGUCUCCAAAGCCAAAACAGACGACUGGAGACACAGAAUUGCACAUCUCUUCUUCAAAGAAGCAAAAACAUAAAAUGUCAAAAAAGACGAAGAAAGAGGAAAAAGUGAAUUUACUUGAAACAGAAAUUGAAGAAGAAAAAGUCUUAGAAACACCCGUUGUUUCAAAUGUUUGUGACUUACAAAAUGACGAACAAAAAGCCUUCCCAAACAGAGAGAAAAUCCACGCAAGUCCUCUUGUAGAAAUAGAAAUGGACGAUUCAAAAACAUUAGAAGAAAAGACUGAAACUGUUGAACAAAACUUUGUAAUUGGCGACACGCAAACAACAUUGGAAAUGCCACUACAAAAUUCACAACAUAAAUUUUCCUCAAAAAUUACACAAAUUUACGAAACCCUAAAAUUAACAAUCAAAAAAGUUAUAACAAAAGUGUCUCAACCGUUCAUAUUUUUGUGGUCGAAGUUGCCUGAAAUUGUCAGGUUUUCAAUCAAAAACUUUUUCUCCAUCCCAACGAUGUCUGCUAUUUUUGGAAUUAUUUUCAUGUUGAUAAAACCACUCAGAGACACGUUGUUAGUCAGUGGAAAUUGGAGUAUUAUUGGAAGGUGCAUUUAUUAUUUGGGAAGUCCUACCGUUUUUUGUGCCCUCUUUUUACUUGGAGGUAGUUUGGCAAAUGGCCCGAAAGGGGGGAAUAUCAAAACGUGGAAAAUACUUGUUGGGAUUAUUUAUAGAAUGGUGAUAUGCCCAGUUGUGUCGUGGGUUUCUAUUUAUAUGCUUUAUAAAUACCAAAUUCUCCCACAAAAUAAAGUGAUGUAUUUUGUGUUACAAAUUGAAUCUUUUUCACCACCGGCUUUAAAUAGUUUGAUUGUGGUUAAUGUGUGCUACCCCAAAGGCGUUGAUUCAACGUCAACUAUUUUGUUCUGGUGUUAUAUGCUCGCUAUUUUUACAUUUGCAGUGGAUAUUGUUAUAACUAUGAAUACGAUUUGA